UAACUAAAUUCAGGUUUCUCUAACAUGAAAGCUGCUGUUUUUAGUCGAGGUAACCUCUCCUUUAAAUCGGACUACAAAAAACCAAAAUGUGGAGCAGACAACAUACUAGUUCGCGUAAAAGCAGCAGGUAUUAACCCUAUCGACUACAAAGUGGGGUGGCCAAUAAAAGGGCCCGUUACAGGUAUUGAUUUUGCUGGUAUUGUUGAAGAGAAAGGUGAUAAGGUUGGGGACAAGUUUAAGGUCGGAGAUGAAGUUUAUGGUGGAACAUUCAAUGGUAGUUUAGCUGAAUAUACCAUUGCUCCACUUGCUGGAGUGGCUCACAAACCUAAAAGUGCUUCAUUCGUGGAAGCUGCGGCAAUGUGCACUACGUAUUCGACAUCUCUUCAAUCAUUAAGGGACUAUGGUAAACUUAGUAAAGAUGAUCGUGUUCUGGUAAUUGGGGCUAGUGGUGGGUGUGGUACUGCUGGGAUCCAGGUUGCUAAAUCUAUGGGAGCUAAAGAUAUUGUUGGGGUUUGCAGUGGUAAAAAUGAGGAAUUUGUAAAAUCUCUGGGAGCAACUGAUGUUAUAGAUUACACUAAGCAGACUAUUAAAGAUUACUGUCUUAAUGAAUCAGGGGCUAUUAACCCUGAAUUACAGUUUGAUGUGAUUUAUGAUGCUGCCACUAAUAGUGGGGGUGGCGAGGACUACAAAAACAUUUCAAUGGAAUUACUGAAACCUGCCACUGCAGAUAAAAAACAUGGACAGUACGUUGCAAUCAAUGGUAGUAGGGAUAUGUGGAUUCGGAUGUACACCAUCGGCUUCAAAGCUAACCAACAUAUGAUGCUCGCGAAACAGAACCCUGAAGAUUUACAACAACUUGCAAAGUUAGUGGAUGAUGGCUGGACAAAUUCAGAAGGAGUUCAGGAGUAUUUAAAACCAGUUAUAGCUGAGGAGUUACCUUUUACUGCUGAGGCAGUUGAGAAGGGUUUUGAUCUACUGAAAAGUAGGAGGGCCAAAGGAAAGAUAGUCUUCAAAAUGGAUUAGAAAAUGUUCCAGAAAAUAUUUUGGAUGGUUUUGAAUUUCUUUGGAUUUUGUAUUCAAAAUGGAUUGAUUUGCUUACUUACCAGACGUUGAGUUUAUUUCAGAAUUUCUUGGGAUUUUGUAUAAUACAUUCGAAUUAAACUUUUGUUAAUACUUGAGUGAUCUGUAAAAUAUUUAUUCCUGUGUGUCUGUGUUAAAGUUGAUAUUCUUUAUGAUGUUGCUAA